UGUUAUCCAACGUUAUGCACCCACCAAUGAUAGCAACGACAACGAUAAAGAUCAGUUUUACGAGAGGCUGUAAUCUCAUAGCAAAGUGCUCAUGAAAAGGAGCACUGGAGCAGACAAUCAGAAAUACGUAGAAGAGCUAGCAACGACAGUGGAAGAGCUGCAACAGAAGAAAAUAUCAGACAACUAUAUGACACAACGAAGAAACCGACAGGGAAAUAUAGUAAACGAGAGAGACCAGUCUAGGACAAAGAAGGAAAGCCAAUCACUGAAACUGAAGAACAGAUGAAUAGAUGGGUAGAACACUUUAAGGAGCUCUUGAAUCGGCUAGUUCCAUUAAAUCCACCGGACAUUGAAGCAGCGCCUAUAGACCUUUUUAUAGAUGUCACCCCACCAACGAUCGAGGAAAUCGGGAUAGCCAUCAGACAAAUGAAUAGUGGGGAAGCAGCAGGACCUGACAAUAUACCAGCUGAAGCACUGAAGUCAGACAUAGAAGCAACUGCAAACAUGUUACAAGUCCUAUACAUGAAGAUUUGGAAGGAGGAACAAGUGCCAACGAACUGGAGAGAAGGAUACCUCAUCAAGAUACCAAAGAAAGGAGAUCUAAGCAAAUGUGGAAACUACAGAGGUAUCACACUACUAUGGGUACCAGGAAACGUUUUCUAAAGAGUAUUGCUGAACUGGAUGAAAGAUUCAGUGGACACCGUACUUCGAGAUCAACAGACCGAAUUCCUUAAGGAUCGGUUGUGCACAGACUGGAUCACAACAUUAUGGAUCAUUGUUGAACAAUCAACUAAAUGAAACUCGUCACUAUACAU